AUGAUCAACGAGAACAUGAAAACCCCGACGAGCGACACUUUCAACGUUGCUCAGAAGCAAAUCUACAUGCAGAAAGACAGCUAUCCGAGAUUCGUCUUGUUGCCUUCCUGCAGAAAUUUUUUCAACUCGUUUGGCAUCAUCGAGGAAGAGGUUGACAUACUCUCCACUGACACCUCCAUCGUUAUUCGACUUCCAGUCACUCGUCUUCCCCAGCCAGUUAAUUUUUUUCUUGUCAUGUUUAUUUAUUCCGAAUAA